CCUCGUGUAGCUGGCCCUUGCCUCGAUCAUUCAACUUGCGGCAGCGACAGCAGCUCCUCAUCUCUGGCUCAUCUCAGGGUGUGCGUUGCUAUGGUGCCUUAGACGAGGCCCUGCGCUCGUUGAUCUGGUUUAUUCCUGCCGUGUGCGCGAAGUCUCUCCGCCGACCACGCCGCGCUUAAAACAGGAUGCAGGGAACAGUCAAGACCUUCCUCAGCCUCAAGCCAUGCAAGAAUGUGUGCACCAUAAGCAGAUUGCCCCCGAAAAUCUUGCUAUGUCGAGGACUUCUGACAUCAAGGUCGCAGGGACAGAUCGAAGCUGUUGCCACGCAGGUUCUUGAGCCCACUGCUGCUGCACUGAAGAAGCAGCCCGCGCCAGUAGAACCACCCGAGUGGCCUUACACCGAGCGCACCGUAAAAGUUCACACGUGUGCGAAACUCUACCAGGACUGGAGAAAAUGGAAGCCAGGCUACCAGAAUGCACCUCCCGAAGGCGUUGAAGUGGAACUCGGCUACAUGCACACGGGCUUGGACAGACCAGUGGCUCAGCGCACGGGCAGCCCCACGGUGUUGCUGCUGCACGGCGCCCCCGGCAGUUAUCGUGAUUUUACUCAACUGGUGCCUUUUCCGGACAGCCAAGGUGUCACUGUCAUCUCACCUCGGUGGCCUGACCUGCGCUUGAGCUACCGGACUGGAACAUUCUGGCAUUCAGCAGAGGAAAAGACUCAGCUGCUGACGGACUUUCUCAAGGCCAUCAACAUCAGCAAGGUUGACAUGCUGGUGGCUCACAGCAGUGCCAUCUACCCAACCUUAAAUGUCAUGACCAGGCCAGGCAUGCCUCAAGUGAAAGCAGUGGCGCUACUGGCACCAGCAGGACACCAGCUGGUCAGGGCAAUCAGGCCACUGCCUCUGAUGCGGGCUUUUGCAGUGCACUACACGAAUCCUCGAUAUCAAGGCUUCAUGAGACACUUGGGCAUUGCCAUAAUGAAGUACACGAGGAAUCCCAUCAAGCCUAACAUUGAAGAUGCCAUUAUGUCGCUGCAAACUAUGAUCUUUUCCGACUAUGAAGAGGCAGGGGACAAGAUCAAGCAAGUUGCAAACAGUGGGAUACCUCUGCUUAUAGCAUUCAGUGAGAAUGAUCGAGCCAUCAACCCAGAAGUGAUCUUCAACAUGGUGGACCUUAUUGGCACGCGCAACCAAGAUCUGUGGCUCUACGAUGCCGAUGGAAAGUUGGUCAGAAAAGGGUCAACAUCAGGCUCCAGGAAAGUAAUGUUGUUCAAGAAAGGAGGCCACUAUUUGUUCCGCCGGCAUCCAGAGGUCGUCAAUUCUGCUGUCAUGGAGCUUCUUCAAACAGCCCUUGCAUCGAGCAAGUAACAGGUCUUUGAAAUGACGACGGAUGUUUUGCUAAGACAACACCUCACACUAUGCCACUGACAUCGUCCUGAAUUCUGCGUCAAGUGAACUUCCUUAAAGCUAAACGAACGUAGAGUGCUGCAAAGUAACAUUGACUUCCAUUGAUUCUGUCUCCAUUCUACAAAUGUUUCUCAUAUUUGUCUAACCACUACUCUGACGAUUCAUGAGCGCAGCACUUUCCAGCGUUGUUUGACACUCGUAAAAUGAUUAGCAAACUGUGUGUGAAGGUUCUCCAUACAUUAGAGCUUCGAAAGUUGACCAAACUCUGGGUAACUUUUGUCUUUUGAAACUUUGUACAUAACACCACCUUUGGAAACCUUGUGCCAUCUUCUGACAUUUCCGCUGGUUAUUUAAGCAUUUUUUGCAGUGAGUUAAACUAUCUGUGGCAUGAUUGCUCAGGUUUGGCCGCUUGUCUUGUUUACACUACAGCAGCUAAAUUAAUUGUGUGUCAGAAAGGCCAGCUGAAGUACCCUGGGGUCACCUAAACCGAGCCGAGAUCCACGUUUACAUUUACAAGCAAUAAUUUGUGCUGGUGUAUAGGUCACUUGAGAUGUGUAAACUGGUAGCUUCACAAGCAUCACUUUAAGCACUCACUAAUGUGACAGUCUCAGAAAUACUGGCUAGUUCAAGCUGUAGUUUUUCAUUUUGGCUUCUUCUAAAGCUUGUUUCUAAGGUAUAAUAUAGUGACCUAAUAAUACGCAUGAUGCAAGGUAAAGCUAGAUAAAGAAUCAUGAUCACCCACAAACUCUGGACCUUCACCAAACACUGAGCAAUAUUUAGAUUUUCCCAUUCCCAUUUACCUAAUCGAGAUGCAACAUCUCCACCUCAUUGCAGAGGCAUUUUCCUCCUCUGCAAAGUAUGCUCAUUUUCACAACUAGCUGUAGCUUAUGCUUUUUUAGAAUUGUUCAACUAGACAUGCAUUCUACAAUACUACCUGUAUCUUGGAAGCCUUGAGAAGGCAUCUAUUUGCAAGGUCUGUAGGUUCUGACUUCUUCAAAAAAGUGUCAGUCAUUUAUUGAAGCAUUACUCAGUGCAUAAGGCAUCCAAUUCAUACAUCCAUCUUUUUACUUUGCUGCUUAAAGCAGCCAGUAAAGUAAUGAGCCAAUCAUGUUCAUUACUCACAAUUAUCCACAGCAAAAUGUAAUGUAAAUCUUCGAAGAAAAAAAAGGCAGACUUACUCAAGCAGUUGGACAUGAAAUCAUGUCUAUAAUCUUGAAAUUUCAAGCUAGAAGCCAUAAACACUGACUGUUCUUAAGUUGUGUUCAUCUUGUGCUUCUUACCAAAGAUUUUAGCGAGACGGGGGCCUAGAGCGUUGGCCAAAUGCACUGCGACGGGCCUUUCCUUUACUUUAUUAGUGUUUGCGUCGUACUGUGUGUACCUUCUGCAAGCUUUGUAGCCUCCUAAUGAAAGUCAUAUGCAUCUAAAAAUUAAAAUACACAAAAUGUUAGAGAAUUCAUUAACGUAAAAGUAUAUACAAGUAUGUGCGACCCUUUUUUCUGAAUAUAUAUUUCAGCAGAAACUUUGAAAAGAGACUCAGUGACACAGAGAUAGAAGAGUGCAAUGUUUACUUCCCCAUUUUCUUUCAAUGCUAUGUUUCCUCUCAGCUAGGGUGGCUUGUACAUCAUUUCUUGCCUUUUUCGUUUUUCAUGGUGUAAAUAGAGUAACCCCUGAGAGCUCAUGUUUUGUAAAGAUCCCUAGAACAACAAACAUUGAAGUUGAAGUAGUGCAUGCGAGAGUCUCUGCUCAUGAACAAGUCAUGGCAAUGGAGACUGGUUCAAUGAUUAACUUUUAUGUUUAGGUCAUUGUGCAGGCCUCGGAUGUCAUAAGCAGCACAAAAUAGAGGAAUACUGGAAAAGGGCUAGACAAAAAAAAAAGUUUUGCGCGAGUGUAGCGAGCUGGGCUUGCUGUUUGCACACAAGUGAAAAACAGCGUGAGAAAUCACAUGACAAACUGAAAGAAAACGUGCACAGUGCUGUGUGUGUCCUUUCUGUGUGUUCUGUGAUUUGUCAUGCCGUAUUUUUAAAAAUAAAUUUUUGAAAGGUUGCGGACCUGCCUGCUAUGUGCAGAAGAAUAUUUAACAUGUGCAUUCGUAGUAGCAGCAUUUUCAGACAGAGAAGGUUGUUCGCAGCAGUACGGCACUUUUUUUUGGGGGUCCGUUUUUCGUCCAACAGUGCAUGUUUCAAGUGUUUUACUGGUUUGGACAGAGCACAUCUGCUAUUUUGUGCUAAUUCAACUCUUAGCCUUGUUUUGGUGUUUUCACAUCACAUGAUGACUAAAGUGAAGUCGAGGAUUUCCUGUAGCACUGGCAGCUUCUUCGAAUGAUAAUGUGGGAUAUAUAUUAAGACUGUGUUCGCUAAGUUGAGUCAAUUGCAAAUAUUAUCUGGAGUUGGGAUUUUCAUUUUUUAAGUAUUUAUUCCUGUGCGAGUUUAAGGCCUAAUGAACAUGGAGGCGUGCAUGAAGUGAUGAAACAGUUUACCUCAAUUCGUUCACUUCUUAUUUCAUUGCUUGCGUGCUCUAAGAACUUUUGUAUUGUGGGCUUUUCUGUAGAAUUUUGUUAGGUGUGCAUCAUUUGCAACUAAUCUUUCUAGUGAAUGUGAGGCUCUUCAUGCUUCUGUUGGGCAAAUCACCCAUGCAUUUUAUAUACGGCUGAAGCUGGUUCCUUGAACUGUACUGUGCAUCAAUUUUACAUGGACUACUGCUUUGCGAGUCUCGAAAGCAAUAUCUUUGUACUUCAAUAUUUCAAUUAUUUUUUUACAUUUGUAAUGAAUGUUACAUGAACCCAUUU